ACGAAGCUGAGAGAAAAAAAAAAAAGCAUUUUUAAAUAUAUUUUUUCUGCUGGAUGGCUGUGCUACUUCUCUCCCCUGUUCUGCUUUUAAGAACAAAAUGUUUGGUGGUGGCAGACAGCUGUGUCUUUAAAUACAAGUGUGGCUCAGAUGAGGAUAAGAAGGCUGUAUUCCUCGCCCUCAAAUAUAGGAGUAUCCUUGAAUAACUUGGGUAGACCCAAGCUGGCGCUGUUCUGCGGGGGAAUAUUGAUACAUUUCGAUCCUUAAAGAGAUCACAUCUGGAAUCUAGAGACACUGAGGGAUUUGCUGUUGUUUUUUUGUUUUCUUCAUAAUUAUUUUUGAACCCCAUGUUUUUUUUUCUCCCCCAGUUGGUUUACAAAACGUCACCCUUGGCUGGAUUUUAUAGGAAGGAUAUUGGAAACACUACACGUUGUAAGGAACGUAAUUACAGAGGAACUGGAUUUACUAUUUUAUUUUUUGUGAAAAGUCUUCCAAGGCUCCAUUUUUUGCACAAGUGAUUGACUUCCAGAUAAAGUAUGUUAAUCAGGUAACAGCAGGAAUCAAAGGACAACUUUCCUUAUCCCCUGCCCCUCUACCUACCCCUACUUGUAAACCCACCGCUGAGAAAUGGGUCAAAAGAUCUCAGGGAGUAUAAAGUCUGUGGAUGUUCGGGAUCCCCCGUACAGACCAGUCAAGCGUGAGCUUAGGGGGCCUGACUUCUGUAAACCUGCUCGACUAGAUAUGCUUUUAGAUAUGCCCCCUGUUGCUUUGGAAGCUCAGCACAAGCAUGGAUGGAAUAAUGAGGAUCGAUCUUUGAAUAUCUUUGUGAAAGAGGAUGAUCGGUUAACCUUCCAUCGGCACCCAGUUGCACAAAGUACAGACUGCAUUAGAGGUAAAGUUGGAUACACACGAGGCCUUCAUGUUUGGCAGAUCCAUUGGCCCAUAAGACAAAGAGGAACUCAUGCUGUUGUUGGCGUAUCUACUGGAGAUGCUCCUUUGCAUUCGGUGGGAUAUACAUCGCUGGUGGGAAGCAAUAGCGAGUCUUGGGGCUGGGACCUGGGACGAAACAAAAUUUAUCACAACUGUAAGAACCAACCUGGUGUGACAUAUCCAGCAUUUUUAGAACCUGAUGAGUCCUUUGUACUCCCAGACUCUUUGCUUGUAGUUUUAGACAUGGAUGAAGGAACUCUUAGUUUCAUAGUGGAUGGACAAUACUUAGGAGUUGCCUUCAGAGGACUUAAAGGGAAAAAACUUUAUCCUAUUGUCAGUGCUGUAUGGGGUCACUGUGAAAUUACAAUGCGAUACAUCAACGGACUUGAUCCUGAGCCACUGCCUUUAAUGGACUUAUGCCGGAGAUCUGUUCGUUUCGCCAUUGGCAGAGAUCGUUUGCACCAAAUUGAAUCCUUACCUUUGCCUCAGUCAUUGAAGAACUAUUUACAAUACCAGUGACCUGUUCCUGAUGUUGCUGUCAUCUGCUGGACAACAUAAAUAUAAAAUGAAAUAAUGCAAAUCACCAGAUAUUGUUUACAUGGAAAGAUACCCCCUUGUGGUGGACACUUAAAUGUUUAUUUAAUUUUGAAUUCAUUUUUUCUGUUUUGUUCAUCUGUAUGCUGUGCCACAGAACAUCACCGGAGCUACCAAUAUUGGAAAAACAUCUAGUGGAACAAAAUCUGGUCUGUUGUGGGUUUUUGUUUUUUUAUUUUCUGAAAACCAAAGAAAACGUUACUUGCGCGUUAUCCUAAAAUCACAUUUAUGCACAUUUAAAUAACUGUUUAGUAUCACGCCACUGGCCGUUAGAGUAAGCUCUUCUGCCCCAUGAAGGCAAAACCUUUUAGGUGAGUUCUACACUAACAUUUGUUUAGGAAAAUUGCCCUCUCUGUCUCAUUAGAGAUUUUACUUUUCAGCUUAAAGAAGCAGGGUGAAUUGUUAGUGUGAGUUCACCUGCCACCUCAAGGCAAAACCUCUUAGGUGAGUCCUAGCCUUGAAUGGCCAUUGGAGUGAGACUAAAAACCUCCAGUUACUUGAAUGUGUAUAGCGAUGUGGGAUAGUAUGCAAGUAACUUUUUUUUCUUUGGCAUAUAUGUAUUAGGGCUGAUGUAUACUAUAGUCAUUGCUGCCACCCAGGAGUAGUGGGAGUUUUAGUGCAGGGCUUAAUUUUUUUUUCUAUUUUUUU